AUGCUAGAGUACGAAGACGAUAUCCACAAGCAAACAGAAGGCCAAAGCUUCUUGCUUGUGAUGGGCGGCGGGCUGAACAUUCAGGGCAUCAUCAACAGGUGCAUCGAUACGUACUUGAACGAAAACAGCUUUGUGCUGCUGGUUAACUUCAGUGAUGAGGACAAGGCAUUCGUUCUUGGAGCCAAUCCUCUGCAUAUACACGAUGUGGGGAUGCAUCCUAGGAAAAACAGAGCAGAGAUCUAUCAGGCAGGAGGUGUGUUUAUUGCUGGUAGCCGUGUGCUUAUUUCUGAUAUGCUUGAUGGAACAAUCAAUGCUGCAAAGGUAGACUGUUUGAUCAUAUGCAAUGCAGAGACGAUGACAGAAGCAUCACCAGAGUCGUUUAUUGUGCAUGUUUUCCGGUCGAAAAAUGCAAAUGGACACAUCAAGGCAUUUUCUGAGUCGCCCACCCAUCUUGCACUUGGGUUUUCUCCUCUGGCUAAGAAAAUGAGGUGCCUCAAGAUAAGUAAGGUGCUGUUCUUUCCCAGAUUCCACUCAAAGGUUGAAAAUUCUCUGAAUGCAGAUGUGGGUGUUGAGGAGGUCAGGCUUAGGAUGCCGAAGAAGGUUGGAGAAAUCCAGGUUAUGUUGAUGGAAAUUAUAGACAGCCUUUUAAAGCUGGUGUUGAAAGGAAAUGACAGAGGCCAGAUCAAUUCGGGGAUGGUUAUAUCAGGAAACAUCUACAGGAUUUUCAAGCAGCUCAAAGUCUGGCCUAUCAAUAAUGCAUGGGGCAACAGUGUUGGAAAUGCAAGUGUGGUUGAUGAUCUAUGCGACAUGAAGACACUUGUGUUUUUUCUGUUUUCUUGCGAUGCCGGCUCACUGUACAAGUAUGUGGGCAGGAUGGUGAGGAGACAGAUGGAGCUGGGCAAGAACAGUACCUGGAUAAACCUAGAUGCUUCCCAUGCACUGGUUGACAAGGUAAGAGAGCUAUUCCAUGAGGCUGUUGAAAAAGCAGGCUGCCCAAUUGCAUAUGGCAAAAGCAUGCUGAAUGAAAAGCAUACACGAGUUGAUAUUGAAAGCGAGGUGGAGACUUUGCAAGCACUUCCCAAAGAUACUCUCAAGGCAUUCUAUAGACUAAAUCCAAAAGUCAACAAGCUGGUGGAAAUCAUUGAACAGUCGAGAGAUGCUCGGAUGAUCAUACUUGUUUCAAGCAAGCAAGUUAAAGACUCGCUGUUAGAUGUAGUUGCAUUAGCUCAGCAUAAAAACGAUGAGGGAUGUGCUGCCGAAGGCAUCGUUAGAGUUGUAACACAUCAUGAGUUCAAAUACGACACGCAUGAAUACGAAUGCGCUGUUUUGUUCGAGUCAAGCCAGGACAGCAUAAGGAAAAUCGAGCGAUAUGGAACAGCUCAUUCGGUAAAAACAUACUUUCUAAUGUAUAGUAACUCGCUGGAGGAGCAGAGAUAUCUUGAAGAAAUAAGGAUGGAGAAGGAAUGCUUUGAAAAGCUAAUUGAGGAAAGAGAACGGCUUCCAUUGUGCCUGGAUGAUCUCGAUGGCCAGAUCGAUCUCGAUGACGAAUGCAUUGAUAGGAAAUACACGGUGGUGGUUGACUCGAGGGAGUUGAGAGCCGAGCUGCCGUUUUUUCUGUUCAAGGCAAGGAAUGUGCUGCAUGUGUCUACGCUUGCGAUUGGAGACUAUCUGCUGAGUCCAUCGAUAUGCAUCGAAAGAAAGUCGAUUGCGGAUUUUCUAUCGUCAUUGAGCAACGGAAGAUUGUAUGCACAGGCAAGCAUGAUGUGUUACAGAUAUGCAUCUCCUAUAUUACUUCUUGAGUUUGAUGGAAGGCCAUGCCUAUCUGAUUACUACCGAUAUGAGCAGGAUGCAUUUAGAAACAGUGUUUUGUGCAAGUUUGUACUGCUUCUGUUUAACUUUGGGACACUACGUGUUGUGUGGUCUGACUGUAGGCUUUUUUCGGUAAAGGUGAUGAGGGAUCUACAGAGGAAGGAAUGCUUAGCAGAUGCAGACGAAGAAAUGGAAAUGGAAAUCGGGAUGGAUCCUGAGCUUGUGGAUGCGCUGCUCAGCAUUCCUGGUAUUACACAAUUUAAUCUAUGGAAGGUAAGGAAGGGAUUCCGGAGUCUAAGAGAUCUUGCGUUUUCAACAAUAGAGCGCCUUGAAAAUGCUCUUGGGGAGAAGAGCUCUAUGAUGGUGCACAGGUUUUUCAGGCAAGCCCUUGCAGUGAGCAAAGCAGGCUUGAAAGAAGUUGAGAAAUGCCAAGAUGCAGCAGACUAUGAGCCUGAGCAGAAGCGAAGAAUUGUCUAA